ACAACAAUUAUCUUUGAAACUCUCUCUUUAUCUCUCUUAGAUCUAUGCCUGAAGUGGAAGUAGAUAACAACGAAGACAAGCCUUCCGAGAUUAACAGGGUCCAUCACAUGAUCAUCAGUAGUAGUAGAAAUGUGUUGAAAAUGGAAACAGUUGAACUGAGCAAGAAGAGGAAGUUUCAGACAGAUCAAUCCGAGUUAUCAUUAUUACCUCUGUCCAAGCACGUUUGUUUCGCCAAUGUUGCUUGUUCUGAAAAUACCAAUGGUAGCUCGGAGAUUGAUACAGAGUGUUCAAUGUCAUAUGUGAACUCAACAGCUUCUAUGGAAUGUAACAACGAGGUUGAGAUGAAAGAGGAAUCAACUGGAUCGUGCGGGGGAGACAAGAUGACCUGUUUCGAUAGCCAUCUUGAUUUCAUCUAUGGUACUCAGAAAACAGAGGAUUACUCAGAGAAAGACAUUGAAAACAUUCUCUAUCUCGAUGACGAUGACGAAGAAGCUAAAGGAUGUAGUAAUGCUGCCAAGUUUGUUCUGUCAUCUGGGAGAUGGACUAUUAACCAAGCAGAUUCUACUCUACACGACACACAGAAGCCUACAAUUGAUCAAGAAUUUGAACAAUACUUCUCAACGCUAAUGCUGUGACUAAAUGAUGUUUAGGACUCAAGACAUAUAUGAAGAGAUGUACAUAGAGAGCUGUACUCGUUCUGUUUUGAUUCUUGUCAAACCUUUAAAAUGUUCAACUCAAAAGUAAUUAGAGAGCUUCUUUUAAAUGUUUGUAAUUUUGUAAACAGCUUACAAAUAAACCAGAGUCUUUUUUUUGUUCAA